AUGAAGAUAUCAAAUUUCAUCAGCGCAAGCCUCGUGGCUCUGCUGUCUAGUGUCAGUUAUGUUCAAGCAGCAACUUACUCCAACCCAUUGGAACCCAGAAAUGGUGGCGAUCCCAGUAUCGUCUGGCACGCGGGCUGGUAUUACAUGACAUCAACCACUUGGGGCGAUGUCCGUCUUAGAAGGGCAAAAACCUUGAACGGUCUCAAGACUGGAGAGUCAAAGAUCAUUUAUCAGAGCAAUGAGCCCAGCAGAUGCUGCAAUGUUUGGGCUCCCGAAUUGCACAAUGUUGGCGGAACAUGGCAUGUGUAUUUCUCUGCUGGAACCCGAGCCAAUACCGACAAUCAGCGCUCCCAAGUCCUCAAAGGCGGCGCCAAUCCAUGGGAUGAAUUCAGGUUUGCCGGCACCCUCAACACGCCAAACUGGGCCAUUGACGGCACCCGGCUCACAAUCGACAACAAAAACUAUUUCGUCUACUCGUGUUGGAGAUCCGAUACUGGAACCAACCUUCAAAGUCUUUGUAUUUCAUUAAUGUCCUCACCUACGACUCUCACCGGCGGAGAGUUCCUCCUUUCAUCUCCCACUGCCGACUGGGAGAGGUUCGGAGAUUUCCCAGUGAAUGAGGGGCCAUUCGCGCUUUACCACGGAGGAAAGACGUUCAUUUCAUUCUCUGCGUCCUUUUGUGGAUCUCCGCAAUACAGUCUCGGAUAUCUCACGUACAGAGGCAGCGGUGACCCUCGCCAGAAAUCCAACUGGAAGAAGUCAGGCCGUCAAUUCACUGCUGCCAACGGAAACUUUGGAACAGGUCAUAACUCAUUCUUCACUUCGCCCGACGGAACCGAGACUUGGAUGGCCUAUCACUCCACUCCCAACGCAGCUGGAAGCUGUGGCGACCGCUUCGCCAAUGCAAAGAAGAUUGACUGGAACCCAGAUGGCUCUCCCAAGCUCGGGUCAGCUCCUGCCGCUAACCAGAACCUUGCAGGUCCUCGCGGUGAGUGA